AUGGGUGCUGGAACUUCAGCGCGGGGGUUGUACUUCUCAUUUUACAAAUCUUUGUUGGUCAGGGAUUGUCUUGUGUACUACCACCUCUACCAUUGCCACCCUGUAGCCUACCAGCGUUGCCUCCCCUUCCGCCUUGCUUACCACCACCUCCGUUGCCGUUGCCUCUGCCACCCCUACCAUUACCAUUGCCACUACCUCCGUUACCCCCAUGCGCAUUACCACCACCGGCACCAUUACCUUUACCCCCACUUCUACCACCACUUCCUUUACCUUUACCCCCAUUUCUCCCACCACUACCUUUACCUUUACCCCCAUUUCUACCACCACUUCCUUUACCUUUACCCCCAGCUCUACCACCACUUCCUUUACCAUUACCCCCAGCUCUACCACCACUGCCACCCUGCCUACCUCCAGCGCCUUUGCCUCCGUUACCCCCUUGUGCAUUACCUCCAGCGUUACCAUUGCCCCCAUUCCUACCACCAGCUUUACCUCUACCCCCGCUUCUACCUCCAACAUUACCUUUGCCACCUUUACUACCGCCAGCAUUGCCUCCCUGUUUACCACCCAUUCCCCCGAUACCUUUGCCUCUCGCGCCAUGCCUCGCUCUUUAAAUUCGAUUGUUAACCCGUUUAAAAAUGUUUUUUCUUGUUUUU